UCUGGCAUGUGAUAAUUUAGUGGCGGGAGCUGCUCAUGCCUAUUUUAAGCGAUGUUACAUGUUGUUCGGCUUUGGGAUAUGAUAUCCAAAGCGUGAUGAUAUCUAACGUGUUCAUGUUUAUCCCGGGGGAGAGGGAAGGCGAUAAGAUGACUGGACGACUUAAUCAUUGCCAAAUGCCGAGCUUUUAAUCAAAAUGAAUAGUUGGUGAAUACAAUAUUGAACAGUACCAGAGUUUUUAAGGAAGCUUCUAAAAGUCCGGAGUUCAUGAGAAUUGAUAGAAGGUUUGAGAUUUAACGUCCAAUGACAGCACAUCAGUAUGAGAUUGCACAAUGAGACAAUAACGGCUGAACGAGUUAUAAAAGAAGAUCCCAUACCUGGUACAUACAUGAACUGGUCAAAAAAUUCAGAGGUCUCCCAAGUUUGGAUUUUGAAAACUGUAUAUGUUGAGUGUUGGAAAUUGCACAGACUUUCAAUACCUUUACUCAAUUCUAAUGGAUUUAGUUUUAUUAGGGCAUGCAAAGCCUGUAGGUGCUAUUUUAAUCCUAUUAUCACUGUAUCAUUAGUCUUAACUAUUAAGGGUUUUUGUGUAAUUUUCACCAAAAUGAUAAACAACCAUUCAUACAGAUAAAACUGUUGCCCAAGAAAUUCAAAUUUACAUUUAAGGAGGUCACGAAUUCGGAGCUUGUUUAUGACAUUAUUAUUCGUUGGCCAUAUUGUUACUGUACAACAGCCAUCAAAAUGCACGAGUGCAAUUAUUUUUUAUUGUAUUAGACGGAUAAUGCAAAGUAUUGCCAUCAUAAGAGAUUACACAACCCGUUGAAAGAAGGUAUUGCUAUCAUAAGAACCCCACACACACUACGUGUUUCAGCUCUGAGUUACUUGUAUCAUGUUCCCAUGAUUACUAAUUAAACAGCUUCAAAUCGAUUUUAUUUAUAGAACCAGCGUUUUCUGUCCAUACCAAAUUGCCUUUUUUACCCUGCGUACUCUCUUGAAAGAUUCAUUUUGGAUGUUUAGUGAUAACAAGUUUUGCAAUUAAACAGAAGAAAAGAGUUUAUUUUUAACAAUUGUGUUUUGGAGUAUUCACUUAUAUUUCGCAUAUCUGUAACUUUAGUGGUUUAGCAUUCAUUUUUUCCUAUUUUUUUUACCAAUUCAAAUAUUUUCAUUUGUGGCAUUAGGUCAAGAUACCUUCAGUCAUGGAUUCAUGAAUUUCAGUUUAUGGAAGGUAAAGGAAAUUUUCGAAAUCCGAAAUAGCUGAAUACAUUGUUGUAUUUUCUCCCUAUAGAAAUCUUUUCUCUUAUCUCUUUUUAAACUCAUAAUCAUAUUAUCAUUUGUUUCAUUGAAUAUUUUAAUGUUUAAGUAAGUUAAUAGUUCAAUAAAUAGAAACCAUGAGUGGGGGUAUAUAUGGUGGAGAUGAAGUCGGUGCAUUGGUCAUUGAUAUUGGAUCACAUUCUGUCCGUGCUGGGUAUGCAGGAGAAGAUUGUCCCAAAUCAGUGUUUCCUACUCAUGUUGGAUCCCAAGCAAUAGAAGAAAUGGAAGUUGAAGGAGAAGAAUCCAAGCCAACAAAGAAGUUACAUUUUGGUACAAGUGCUUUGUUGACUCCAAGGAAAGAUACUGAAAUUGUCACACCCGUUCUCGAUGGAAUGAUAGAAGAUUGGGAUUUAUUUGAAUCUAUGUUGGACUAUACUUACAAACGUGGCUUGCAUAGCGAAUCUAACUUACAUCCUGUGUUAUUUUCCGAACCAGCUUGGAAUGCAAGAAACAAGCGAGAAAAACUAACGGAAGUAAUGUUUGAGAAAUAUAAUGUACCUGCCUUUUUUCUUUGCAAAUCCCCUGUUUUGUCAGCAUUUGCUAAUGGACGAUCCACUGGGGUUGUUUUGGAUAGCGGUUCUACCCACACAACUGCUGUACCAGUACACGAUGGAUAUGUUCUCAAACAAGGAAUCGUAAAAUCUCCUCUCGGUGGCGAUUUCAUCCUUAUGCAAUGCAGAGAAGUAAUGAAAAAUUUAAACAUUGAUGUAAUCCCUGCAUACAUGAUCGCUUCAAAAAAAGAAGCCAAAGAAGGAGGUCAACCAGAUUGGGAAAAGAAAAAAGAUCUUCCAGAAGUUACAGAAUCAUGGAAGAAGUACAUGAUGAAUUACACUCUUGAGGACUUUGCUGCAUCAGUUUUACAACUCCUAGACACACCUUACAUCGAGCAAGAUGCUAUGGGAAUGCCUCAAUGUCACUAUGGCUUCCCAAAUGGAUAUCAUCAAGACUUUGGCCAUGAGCGUAUGAAAGCUGCAGAAGCUCUUUUUGAUCCAUCACUUAUCCAAGGAAAUUCUAUGCUUGGUGUUCCUCACGUUGUGUCCUCUUCAGUAGGAUUAUGUGAUGUCGAUAUUCGACUUGGACUUUACAGUAGUGUAAUUGUAACUGGUGGUAAUACUUUAGUUCAAGGUUUUACUGACAGACUCACAGCUGAGUUGUCAAACAAAACACCACCAAGUGCCAAAUUAAAAAUUAUUGCUCCUACAAAUUCUAUUGAACGUAAGUUUUCACCUUGGAUCGGUGGAUCUAUUUUAGCUUCUUUAGGAACAUUUCAGCAAAUGUGGAUUUCAAAACAAGAAUACGAAGAAGCUGGAAAAUCUAGUGUAGAGAGAAAAUGCCCUUGAUGUAUGGAAUUGAAUGGAAAAUAAAAUUGUUGUGAUAAAUUGAUAAAAGUGUACAAGCUUAAUAAAUUGGAAAGUAUCAUCUCAGAAACAAAUUUUGAAAUUGUUACAGCUCAAAUACUUGUCAAACAUUUCGUGCUACCUAGAUCAACUGUGGUAUCAUGAGUGGAUGAAUACUUUGAACUACAUCUAAUGUUCUGUUCUAGAAUCAUGCAAUGCAAUGAAAUCUUGUCAAUUUUCUUUUUUCACUGAUGUUUGUGUUUGUGGACCAAAUAAGAAACAGGAAAUAUUGUGGUGGGCAAGACAACAAGACUGUGGACUACUUACUACUGCGUAAUAUAAACACAAUUCAAUUUCUGCCACAGAUUUUAGUGCUGCAGAUCAUAUCUAUAACUUCCUUACAAAUUCUAUUACAAAAGUAUUUCUUCUGGCUAUUUUGAAUCAAAUCAAUUAUUAUUAAAGCACAUUGACUUACGUUUUUAAAGCCUAAACAUGCACCUGGCCUAUUACUGCAGUAAAUAUAAACUUAUGAGUCAAAUUUUGCUGAAAGUCCUGUAUUUUCAAUAGACAUUCAUCAUGAGGUCUAUUAUUGGGUUAAUAAUUGGUAGUUCGUUUUAUUCAUCAUACUGGAAAUACAUGUAACUAACUACAGAAUGUAAAUGUGAAUUCAAAAUGUCUUUUCAUUUGAAGGGGUUAAAGAGGUGUUAUGAAAACAAGAUCCAAUCAUUACAAAAUUGAUAUGCCAUAUAAUUGUGGAUGCAUAAAGAUAGCUUAUAAAUAAAAGCAGUGCAGCUAAAUAUUUUUCUUUCAGAACUGCUCUUUUAUUACGGUAAACCCAUGAUUAAACAUUUCUGUUGCCAAAUUAGGACAAUUAUUUUGUUGGGAUUCAUAGUUUUUGUUCUUGAGUUAUUGAUUGAUUUUUGAAUUUAUGGAAUGGCAUUUAAUUAACUUUUGACUGAAUUUCUGCAACAUUGAUUUCCUGAUUACAAAUAUCACUGUUGUAAUGGGUUAAGGUAAUUGUGUUGGUUGCUAUAAGUCUUGGAAACUUUCGAAACUGAACUAGAAUACAAGUAAGAUAAUUGGGCAUUUAGGAAAAGUUCAUUUCACACUGCCUUUAAAUAUGUAUUUUGUAUUUUUUUUU